UUACAAAGUAUGUUUUCCACGAAAUGUCGGUUGGGUUGUGGGGGUGGGGAGGGUAGGAUUAGGACGCGGAAGAAAUCCAAAUCCCGUGAUUGACUCCUCUCCUCCGUUUGCCUCGUGCUCAUCAAAACCGACCUUUCUUAACCGCUGCGAAGCACCGUUUUUUACAGUUUCCUCAAUCCCACUCCCAAAAACUCCUACAGAUCUAUCUGAUUGUUCAGAGCUCGCUGCAAUGAAGAAUGCAGCUCUGAGUCGUUGACAGGCGUUAACUUGGUCUAAUAACUGAAGCAGCUAUUGUCAUGGGAGUCUCAGUGAAAUGGAUCAGAGCACUAAUCGGUUUCAAAAGAUCCGAAAAGUCAAUUUCCUAUGAGAAAGAUGAAAGUAAGUCUGGGGGCACGAAAAAGCCUGGGCAUAGGAGAAAGCAUUCUGCUGUUGAGAUCGAUAGAGAACUACUUUGCAACGAUCUGAGCCAUAAUAAUGAUAGUGCUUCUGCGUCAGUUGAAGAUGUGAAUGUUGCUUCAGUUCCUAUUGCUUCUUCACCUUCGACCUCACAUCAAAAUCAGAAUGCAAGUCAAGUUCCUCUGAAUAUUAGACAAGAAUGGCGGGCAGCCAUUCGUAUUCAAACUGCUUUUAGAGGAUUUCUGGCUAGGAGAGCUCUACGAGCUUUGAAGGGGUUGGUGAGACUUCAAGCACUUGCUAGAGGCCAUGCUGUGAGAAAACAAGCUGAUAUUGCCCUCCAUUGUAUGCAAGCUCUUGUUAGGGUCCAGGCACGUGUUCGGGCACGGCGUGUUCGUGAGGCCUUAGAAAGUCAAGAGGUGCCACCUAAGCUGCACCAAGAAGAUCUAAAGCAACACGAUGCUAGUGUUCGGGAAAUAGAAGAAGGUUGGUGUGACAGUAUUGGGUCUGUGGAAGAAAUUCAAGCCAAGUUGUUAAAGAGGCAUGAGGCAGCAGCAAAGCGUGAAAGGGCAAUAGCAUAUGCUAUGGCUCAUCAGUGGCAGGCAAGACCUAAGCAGCAACCAGCUGGUGUUGAACGGGACACUAGUAGUGACUGGGGCUUGAAUUGGUUGGAGAGAUGGAUGGCUGUGCGGCCCUGGGAAAAUCGGGUUCAAGACACUAAUCACAGAGAUGGAGCAACUUUGCGUGAUAACAAACCUGCAGAUCCAAAUAAUGGCACCAAGAACCAGGUGAAAAAAUCUGUUCAGAUCAUCAAACCAAAUUCUAAAGAAAAUAUGGGUCCAUCCUCCUAUUCAAGCUCUAACAAGUCACUAGAAGCUGGUACAAGAUCAAAGAGCAAUCCCAAAGAGAGAUUCACGCACCCUUCUUAUAUACAACAAGGAAAUAAUAAGAGAUUAUCUCUUCCUAUUAGCCGGAAAAAUCAUGAUGAUCAAAGAACAAAACAAGGCAGUCGAGCUACUACAGAGAAGCCCAUGGAUGAAAAAACUGCAUGGAACAGAAAUGGUGCAAUGGCCACAACGUUUGUUUCCCAAGAUUAGCAUUUUUUCAUUGUUUUUUAAUAUGUCAAUAUCCCAUCCAAGUGGGGCGCUCUAGUGUGUAAAUACAGCCACCUGGUGUUUAGUGUGGCUAUAUUUGAUCAUAUGUAUGAAUUAGAUAUCUUAGGCUAAUUAGAUCAACUCAGAGUGUUAUUAUGUAACUUCCUCAAUGUAAAUUUGUAAAAAUGGUUCAAUCUUUAAUCUAUACAAUUUCUUUAAAACUAAGAUUAGUUGAUUUAUUUA